CGCGACAAUGUGGAGUCAUCUCACGUCGCUUCUCUUUCUCAAACCCUGCGGCAGAUCGUUUCACCCUGUCACUGUAUCAGGAGCCCGUCUACGUUAGAUUUGGACUGGAAUAACUCUUCUUCAGAAAUCACUUUCAAGAAAUAAAGAGUCUGAGCACCAUUAGAAACUGCUGAGACGAUCCACUGGGUGCUGUACCAGAGAUGACCACCGGUACUUUAAAAAACAUGAUAACGAUGAGGGCCCUGGGGCCACGGAGGGCCUGUGUUCUGCUGGGUGUGUUCCUCCAACUGCUGUUGUUGCUACCAGACACCACCUCUACGGACUCCAUCGCUGCAACCUGGAACCAGAGCGGACCCCGACUAAAGCUCUCACACACAGACUUGCGUUUGAUGAACAGUUCCAGUGUCUUCUGGGACAGAGGAGUGAGUGGAGGUUACCAGUCCCUGCUGCUGGAUGAGGACCGUGGCUGGCUCCUGGUAGGGGGUAGAGACCACAUCUACCUUCUCCACUCGGACAGCCUGGCUCUUCCUACACGCACGAUUUACUGGCCAGCUGUGGAGGAACACGUCGAACACUGCAGAUUGGCAGGGAAGAACCUGUCGACUGACUGCGCCAACUACGUGCGUCUCCUCCAGCCCUUCAAUAAGACCCAUGUGUACGUCUGUGGCACCGGGGCCUACCACCCACAAUGCACCUACAUAGACCUGGGACACAGCACUGAGGAGCCGUUGUUCCGUCUGCAGAGCCAUGCUGUGGAGUCUGGCCGGGGGAAAUGUCCCUUUAGUCCACGGGAACCCUUCACCGCCAGGCUCACCGAUGGAGAUUUGUAUGCGGGGACGUCGGUGGAUUUUAUGGGUACCAACGCAGCUAUAUUCCGUACCUCUGUGCACAGCAGCAACCAGCACUAUAUACGCACUGAGGCCUACCAGGACCACUGGCUCAAUGAGCCAGAGUUUGUGGGUUCCUUCUCCAUUCCAGACACACAAAGUGUGGACGAUGACAAGGUUUACUUCUUCUUAAAGGAGACAGCUGUAGAGUCCAGCCAGUGGGACAAGAGGGUUUACAGUAGAGUGGCACGCAUCUGCAAGAAUGACGUCGGAGGGAAGAGGAGUCUGAUUAACCGUUGGAGUACGUUCCUCAAGGCCCGUCUGGUGUGUUCUGUACCAGGACCUGGGGGACUGGACACACAGUUUGAUGAGCUCGAGGAUAUCUUCAUUCUGGAGACCAAAGACGACCAGAACCCUGUCAUCUACGGAGUUUUCUCAACCUCCAGUUCUGUCUUCAGAGGGUCAGCAGUGUGUGUCUACUCUAUGGCCUCUAUCAGGGCAGCCUUCAACGGUCCGUUCGCCCACAAGGAAGGGCCCGACUACCGCUGGGUGGAGUACAAGGGGAGGAUCCCAUAUCCACGACCUGGCACUUGUCCCAGCGAAACAUAUGACCCCCUCCACAAGUCUACUCGUGACUUCCCUGAUGACGUAGUGAGCUUCAUGAGGGGUCACCAGUUGAUGUGGGAACCCAUCCUUCCAAUCACCCGCCGGCCUGUCUUCACCCACGUCAAUGUGCCCUACACCCUACGAAGAGUAGUAGUAGACAGGGUGGAUGCUGAGGAUGGGCAGUAUGACGUCCUACACCUGGGCACAGAUGAUGGCAAGGUGCUAAAAGUGGUGUCUGUCCCCAAAGACAACUGGGAGACUGAGGAGAUCAUUCUGGAGGAGCUGAUUGUCUUUCAGACUCAGGCCCCCAUCCUUAACAUGGAGCUGUCUACCAAAAGACAACAGGUGUAUGUGAGCAGUGACGAGGGAGUGGUCCAGUUACCACUGCAGCGGUGUGAGCUGUACGGUAGAGACUGUGCUGACUGCUGUCUGGCCAGAGACCCUUACUGUGCCUGGGAUGGGAACACAUGCAACCGAUACUUCACCAGCAACAAGAGGCGAGCUCGGCGCCAGGACGUGAAACACGGGGAUCCGAUGAGCCAGUGUUACGACGCAGAAGACGGUUCUGAGUCGGUGGAGGUGAAGACGGUAUACGGAGUGGAGAGUAACUCAACCUUCCUAGAGUGUGUACCCAGGUCCCAGCUAGCUACAGUCAGGUGGACAGUACAGCCACCACAGGUUCACACCAGCAGAGAGAUGCUCCAGAGCGAGGAUCGUAUGGUCCACAUGAAGCGGGGUCUCCUAGUGCAGCGGCUGGAGCCAGAGGACGCUGGCCUCUACAGCUGUACCACCCUGGAGCACUCCUUCUCCCAGGUCCUGGCCCGCUACAACCUCCAGGUCAUACCCCAGCAGAGCAUGACAGCAUCCCAGGCCAAGGCAGCUGAUCCUGGGGCUGGGGGAGCAGGACUGAGGUGGAGUCAUGGAAGUCCUGGGAGCCACGCCCAGAGCCACGCCCAGCUCUUCAGGAAUUAUAAGGACCUGCACAUGAUGGGCGCAGCUAGUAUGAGCAUGGACGAGUACUGUGAGCAGAUGUGGCACCGGGAGAAGAAGAGGCAGCAGAAGCUGCAUCAGCUCAAGUGGAAACAGACCCAGGUGGACAACCGCAAGGCCCGAGUGAGACGGCACGACUCCACUGAGGACAUCACCAUACAAUGACCUACGGACGGGGAUGGACAGAGACUUUUGGUGUGCGUCUGAAAUGUCACCCUAGUUCCUAUAGAGUGCACUGCUUUGGACCAGGGUCCAUAAGCCUAAGGUAGUGCACUUUAAAGGGGAUAGAGGGCUAUUGUAGAUGUAGCUCUGGAGAUGAAGGGAAUGUAUGCAGCAAGACCUCAGUGGUGGUGCUGCACAUGAGCAGACCCUUUGCUUUGAGCAGAUAUGCUUAAUAUCAUUAUCAGUCAGUUAACCUUUUUGUCCAUAGAAGUAUAAUUUUGAUAGAGAUGUUCUGGAUGUAUAUUCCUCCUGUAUUCUGUAUUCUGUGUUGACAGGAUCGUGAUGGUUCUUUUAGUACCCGGACCGAACCGUUAGUCUAUUAUUGCUCUCUGGACUGGUAGGUUUGUUUACUGAAUAAAAAGCAGACCGGACUGUUCUCCGUCUCACAUGUUGAGAGGAAAAACACUGUCCCAGAACUACAACCACAGGUCUCCAAGAACUACAACCACAGGUCUCCAAGAACUACAACCACAGUUAUCCCAGAACUACAACCACAGGUCUCCAAGAACUACAACCACAGUUAUCCCAGAACUACAACCACAGGUCUCCAAGAACUACAACCACAGUUGUCCCAGAACUACAACCACAGGUCUCCAAGAACUACAACCACAGGUCUCCAAGAACUACAACCACAGGUCUCCAAGAACUACCACCACAGUUGUCCCAGAACUACAACCACAGGUCUCCAAGAACUACAACCACAGUUGUCCCAGAACUACAACCACAGGUCUCCAAGAACUACAACCACAGUUAUCCCAGAACUACAACCACAGGUCUCCAAGAACUACAACCACAGUUGUCCCAGAACUACAACCACAGGUCUCCAAGAACUACAACCACAGGUGUCCCAGAACUACAACCACAGUUGUCCCAGAACUACAACCACAGGUCUCCAAGAACAACAACCACAGUUGUCCCAGAACUACAACCACAGUAGUCCCAGAACUACAACCACAGGUCUCCAAGAACUACCACCACAGUUGUCCUAGAACUACAACCACAGUUGUCCCAGAACUACAACCACAGGUCUCCAAGAACUACCACCACAGUUGUCCUAGAACUACAACCACAGUUGUCCCAGAACUACAACCACAGGUCUCCAAGAACUACAACCACAGGUCUCCAAGAACUACAACCACAGUUGUCCCAGAACUACAACCACAGGUCUCCAAGAACUACCACCACAGUUGUCCUAGAACUACAACCACAGUUGUCCCAGAACUACAACCACAGGUCUCCAAGAACUACAACUACAGUUGUCCCAGAACUACAACUACAGUUGUCCCAGAACUACAACCACAGGUCUCCAAGAACUACAACCACAGUUGUCCCAGAACUACAACCACAGGUCUCCAAGAACUACAACCACAGUAGUCCCAGAACUACAACCACAGGUCUCCAAGAACUACAACCACAGUUGUCCCAGAACUACAACCACAGGUCUCCAAGAACUACCACCACAGUUGUCCCAGAACUACAACCACAGGUCUCCAAGAACUACCACCACAGUUGUCCCAGAACUACAACCACAGUGGUGGUUGUACAGUCAGUGUGUCAGACAGAGCUGUGGACAGUGUGAUGUGGUUGGUCCCUUCCAUCUUCCUCAGUGUCCCAUUCUAUGUCUUCAGACCCCCUCAGCAAUACAUGUUAACAUAUUUGCAUUUACCAUAUUGUCAUGACAGCAUUGAAAUAUGCUUUAUGUAGAGUAUGUAAUGCAAUGCACAGCAUAUACAUUGAAAAGGUAUAUUGUAGGGUCACUCACCUGCGUUAUGGACUGUAUCUACCUUGACUUCGUUUUUUCAAACACAAAACUAUUAUUUUUAUUAACACAAAUCUUUCAAUGUAAAUCAUUUGGUAGAUACUUUUUUGUGUGUGUUUGGUUUUCACUUGUUAAUCCAAACUCAGAAAUAGAACCGUACAGGUAAUUCAUUCAUACUGUACACUCUUAUCUAAAACCUAAAAUGGUUAUUUGGCUAUCCCCAUAGGAGAACCCUUUGUAGAACAUGGAACCCAAAAGGGUUCUACCCUGGAACCCAAAAGGGUUCUAUCUAGUUCCAAAAAGGAUUCUACAAAGGGUUUUCCUAUAUGGCUAGCCAAAGAACCAUUUUAGGUUCUGUAUAGCAAUUUUUUUCUCUAAGAUUGUACUCUAAUACACUUUGGACAUAAAAUCUGUGGAAUAACUCACAUAACUUUGCUAUGGUUUUAGAUGAAGUGAAGAUACCUGCAUAUCUUAGAGGAAUGAGAAAAACAGCUUUAUGAGCAAAAAAUAUAUUCACAUUUGUUGUUGAAAAUCAUGAUGAAUAAGUAGUGCGGUAGACUUCACUCCUGGUAAUCAUCACAGAUCUCAUCUUUUAACAGUAAUGGGACCCGCUGGGUAUCAAACCCCUAGUGCAGUAGAUUCACUAAACAUAGAAACAAUAUGUAUUUUCAACAUCUUGUGCUCACUAUGAAUGGACAUGUUCAACUUUGUAUGGACUGUGUCACUUGUUGUUUAUCAUACAGUUAGCACCAUCUAGUGUUGGUUGUUGUACACUGCACAAGUAAGUUAUGGUAGACCACGUGUUUUAUUUUACAGCGCUGUCAUUAUUUAAGCAAGAAUGCAAUCUAUUUAUUCUAUGUAUGUGUACUGUACACAGACUUACUAUAAGAGUCAAAGCAGUAUAUAUUAUAAAUCCAUACUGGGAACUAUUUUCAGUGAAGCACACAUUUAAUAUUCGUUACUUUACAUCAUGGUAGAUAAUGGUCUGGUGAUGCAUUAGGAUAGAAUGCAUUGUAUUUGCACGUGUGAUAAUGCUUGGCUUUAUGAGGUAAACCUGAUAUCUUUACAAGGAAAGAUUGGUUCCUGAAUUUGGACACAUUUACCGUUGUCUUCAUGAGAUACUGUUAGUCUACACAUUGUUGAGCUAAAUAACUGCAAGUAUGUCUAUAAGGUAUAAAAGCCACCCAUUCACAGAGAACCAACUGAUUAGGGGAACAUGAAUAUGUGCUGCAUUAUUCUGAAGAAAUAUCUGAACGUAUCCAAUGAUGUGUCUAAACCCUGGAAGGCUGGCAGCCACAGGGGGCUCUGUAAUGAAGCCACCGCACAGCCAUCUUGGCUCUCCUCCUCCAUUGUAAUGAAGCCACCGUACAGCCAUCUUGUUACUCCUCCUCCAUUGUAAUGAAGCCAAUGCACAGCCAUCUUGGCUCUCCUCCUCCAUUGUAAUGAAGCCAAUGCACAGCCAUCUUGGCUCUCCUCCUCCAUUGUAAUGAAGCCACCGUACAGCCAUCUUGUUACUCCUCCUCCAUUGUAAUGAAGCUACCGUACAGCUAUCUUGUUACUCCUCCUCCAUUGUAAUGAAGCCAAUGCACAGCCAUCUUGGCUCUCCUCCUCCAUUGUAAUGAAGCCAAUGCACAGCCAUCUUGGCUCUCCUCCUCCAUUGUAAUGAAGCCACCGUACAGCUAUCUUGUUACUCCUCCUCCAUUGUAAUGAAGCCAAUGCACAGUCAUCUUGGCUCUCCUCCUCCAUUGUAAUGAAGCCACCGUACAGCUAUCUUGUUAAUCCUCCUCCAUUGUAAUGAAGCCAAUGCACAGCCAUCUUGGCUCUCCUCCUCCAUUGUAAUGAAGCCACCGUACAUCCAUCUUGGUACUCCUCCUCCAUUGUAAAAAAAGAUUUUGGAAGCUAUAAAAAUGCAUUUACUAAUGUCUACAUUCAAUUUUGACAUAUUUAUUCUAUUGCAGACACCUUAAUACAUACUUUUAAAUUAUAUUUUGUGAGCUAAACUGAAAAUGAAAAAACAUGUCCUUAUCCUUGAAACAUUAAAUUGAAAUGCUGUAGAGUUCCACUCAUUUGGGCUCCCGAGUGGUGCAACAGUAUAAGGAUUUAUACAGUUGUCAUUGGCCUACACACAUUACCCCAUAUUGUCAAAGUGGAAUCAUGUUUUUCAAAAUUGUUACAAAUUAAUAAAACAUAAAAAGCUGAAA